AUGUACUACAAGUAUUGGUUCUACACAAGCUAGGGCAUUAAAUCAACUGGAUUUCCAAUACCAAUCAUUGGGAAAAUGUUUGCACUUUAAAAUGAAAUCAACUAGAUGACUGAAUUUUCUGAACAACCGAUCUAUGAAUACUACAGAAAGAUAUUUUAAGGGGAAAAGAUCCCCAAUUUCUUUAUUGACUUUAGAUUGGCUGAAGGAACUCUUGUUGUAAGUGAUCCUGAUAUUCUUUAAGAACUUUUUGUUACAAAGGCAAAAUAAGUGGAUAAGCAUUAUAGACUCAAAACUCUCUUUUAUGAUUUGACAGGUGAAUCAAUACUAUUCGAUAAGACUACUGAAUCUCAGGGAAACAAACGUAAAAGAUUAUCAGUAGCGUUUUAUAAGGAUAAAAUGACUUAGAACUUAAUCAUAAUCAUUAAAAAGACCUUUGCAUGGGUUUAAGCUAUUAAGAAAGAUAUUAAAGAAGGAAAUAAUGAAAGAGAAUUGAGCAAAAUGAUAAAUGAUCAUAUAAUGGAUUGCAUUUUGGCUAGCGUUUUUGGUGAAACAGAUAUUAAGCAGACAGUCUAAUUUUAGGUAGGUGAUAAAACUUCAGAGAUUUCAAUCGGUGUUUGUGUAGGAAAACUAUUCCUUUAAUUAGCUAGAAAAAUGUAAAAACCUCAUAGAAUAUUUACAAAGAUAUUUGACACUGUUUAUAUAGGCAAAGAAGAAAAGAUACUUCAGAAAAAUUUACAAACCUACCGAAAUUUCCUCUAGUCACUUAUAGAUAAAAGAAGAUAACAGAUCAAAGAUUCCAAUUACUCAAGUACAGAUUUCUUAUCUUUGCUUUUGUCAGAUGAUUUAUUUUGCAAUGAUAACAAUCUCAUAAAAGAUGAGAUUAGCACUUUUAUGCUUGCUUCUACUUAGACAACAGCCACAUUAAUUACGAAUCUAUUGUACUAUUAUGAAUACGUCCCAGGAAUCAAAUAAAAAUUAAGAGAUGAAAUAUGUUCAAUAAUGAGACCAGAUAACGCGGGAAUUCAAAAUCCUACUAUUGAUUAACUUUGUCUUACUCCUGAUAAUUGGAUAGAUAAACUUGGCUAUGAUCAACUUUAAGACAGCUGGAAAUAUCUUUACUUAUUGAUUUAGGAGAGCAUGAGAAUUGAACCACCAGUAAGAGCAUCAUCUUUACUCUAAGUUAAUCAAUAAACUAAUAUUGCUGGGUAUGAGAUUAAACCAGAUAUUCCAAUAUCAGUUCAUUUCUUGUUACUUCAUACCAAUCAAGAUGAAUGGUAGGAGCCUGAUAAAUUUAUUCCAGAGAGAUUUGACCCAGAAAGUCCUUACUUCCUGAAUCGAAGUGGUAAGAAAAGAAAGCCCUAGAGCUUUAGUCCUUUUCUUGGAGGAAGAAGAAUAUGCUUGGGAAAAACUUUUGCAGAAAAUAUUGCAAAGAUUAUAGUUCCACUCAUAGUUUCAGAAAUUGAAUUCAAAUUUAAAAGGCCUAUUCACUAUGAAAGAAAACCUAAGAAAGGACUCUCUACUGAAAUUAAUGUGCCUAUCAUUCUCUCAAAUUUAAAAUUUGAAUGA